AUGACAAAAUUCUACCAGCACAUCUUGGCCUUGGUGUUUGCCACCAAAGAGAUAAAUGAGAAUCCCAAGAUCUUGACCAACAUCACACUUGGGUUCCACAUCUAUGACAACUACUAUGAUGCACUGAUGUCCUACCAUACCACUGUGGACUUGCUGUUCAAAUCACAGGCAUUGUUGCCCAACUACAAAUGUGACACCCCCCAAAAUCUAAUAGGAGUCAUUGGCGGACUUACCUUGUCUCUCUCUUUACACAUGGCAGAUAUCUUAACCCUUUACAAGAUUCCACAGAUUACAUAUGGAUCUUUUAAACCAGAAGAAGAUGAAAGGACCCGUCUCCCUUCUUUUUACCGUAUGGUCCCUAAUGAAGCCUUCCAGUAUCGGGGAAUCAUCCAGUUACUUCUCCAUUUCAAAUGGAAAUGGAUAGGAGUUAUAGCUUCAAAUGACGAUGGUGAACAUUUCUUGCAAGCCAUGGAGCCACUGCUUUUCCAGAGUAGAAUCUGUCCAGCCUUCAUAGAACUAGUCCCUGAAGCUUUUACUUUAUUUAACCCUGUCUCCAUUAUUUCUUACAUGUUGAGUAAUAUUCCAAUAUUCUUGGAGAAGAAAACCAAUGCCUUUGUUAUAUAUGGAGAAAUGGCAUCCAUUUGGUGGAUGGCAACCAUUUUAUGGGUGACAACAACAUGGAUUCCUCUAUCCAAUUUUGAAUAUAAGGGCCAAAUCUCUUCAGGGAAAGUAUGGAUUACGGUGGCCCAGAUUGAUUUCAUAUUCCUAGCUGUACACAGAAGCUGGGACAUACAAAUGUUCCAUGGUACUCUUUCCUUCAGCAUUCAUUCAAACAAGGUUGCAGGCUUCCCAAAAUUUCUCCAGGUUAUUAUUCCUUCUGGGAUAAAAGGGGAUGGUUUCAUCAAAGACUUCUGGGAGCAAGCUUUUGACUGUACAUUCCUUCUGAAUUCCAGUGUAUCUACAGAGGACAGUAAAUUAUGUACUGGGGAAGAGAAGCUGGAGAACCUUCCUGGACCAUUUUUUGAAAUGAGCAUGACUGGCCAUGCAUACAGUAUUUAUAAUGCUGUGUAUGCUAUUGCACAUGCUUUGCAUUCCAUGUUCGGCUCAAGAGCCAACUAUAGAGCAAAGGAGGAUGCAGGCAGUGUGACCCCUUGGCAGAGGAUCUCAUUUAAUAGCAGUGCUGGAGAUACAGUUGAAUUUAACGCAUAUGGAGAAUUAUUAGCUGGCUUUGACAUUAUAAAUCUGGUCACAUUCCCAAAUAACUCCUAUAUAAGAGUAAAGGUUGGAAGCUUAGAUCCUCAGGCUUCUCCGGGCAAUGAGUUUACCAUUGAUGAGAACAAAAUUGAAUGGCAUAGAAAUUUCACUCAGCCAGUCCAGUAUUAUUCAGAUCCAUCUCUCUCUCUCUCUCUUUCAGACAUGGAUAAAUGUGUCAGUUGCCCAGAAGAUCAAUUUCCAAACAAGAACCGAAACCAGUGCAUUCCCAAACUGAAAAAUUUCCUCUCCUUUGUGGAACCUCUGGGUAUUGUUCUAACUUUCCUGGCUCUUUUCUUUUCUCUGAGCACAGCUCUGGUGCUUAGAAUCUUCAUUAAGCACCGGGAUACUCCCAUAGUCAAAGCCAACAACAGGAGCCUCACGUAUAUUCUUCUCAUCUCUCUCCUUCUUUGCUUCCUCUCCUCUCUGCUAUUCCUUGGACAACCCACAAAAGUCACUUGCUUCCUUCGACAAACCGUUUUUAGCAUAAUCUUUUCCACUGCGGUUUCUUCUGUGCUGGCAAAAACCGUUACAGUUGUGGUGGCUUUCAUGGCCUCCAAGCCAGGAAACGUUUUCCGGAAAUGGAUGGGGAAAAGACUGGCAUAUUCUAUUGUCAUUUCUUGUUUCCUUGUUCAAGUCUUCAUUAAUGCAGUCUGGUUGGGUACUUCUCCUCCAUUCCCAGAUUUGGACAUGCAUUCCAUGAAAGGAAAAAUUAUAGUGGAAUGUAAUGAAGGUAUGGUUGCUUUCUUUUACUGUGUCUUGUCCUACAUGGGAUUAUUGGCCAUCAUCAGCUUCACUGUGGCUUUCCUAGCCAGAAAGUUGCCAGACAGUUUUAAUGAAGCCAAGUUCAUCACCUUCAGCAUGCUGGUCUUUUGCACUGUUUGGCUGUCCUUUGUGCCAACCUACCUCAGCACACGAGGAAAAGACACGGUGGCUGUGGAGAUCUUCUCCAUCUUGGCCUCCAGUGCCGGACUGCUGGGCUGCAUCUUUUUGCCCAAAGGCUACAUUAUCAUGAUGAGGCCUGAUAUGAAUACAAGAGACCAACUGAUAAGGAAAAAGCAUUAA